UUUGUUUUAUUUUUUCAAAUGUUAUUAACUUGUUUUUAUUAUAAGCUAGGAUUUUUAGGAUAUUUUAAUGCUGAUCGACUUCAAAAUUUGUGAAUAGCACCUCUCGUUCUCAUGCUAGAUAAAWGAUGUCUAGAAUGAGCGUUUUUUGAAGUGAAUCAUGUCUUAUUUAUUGGAUAUUUAACCAUUUGUAUAAAUGCAUUAUUACAAUUGUGAUGGCAAAUUAUAGUCCAAAGAGAGGCCAUUUGGCGUUAAAAAGUAACGCUCUUAACCCYACAGCUACUUCUUAUGAGGGUCAACAGUUGAUACUGAACCACAUGAAAUCUCACUACAGUAGAAUAUCAAGAGCCAAAGCUGCUGUGGAUACAUCUGCCCCAAGGUCUAUGAAAAAGCAUAUCCGAGUCCAAGACCAGGURAAGCGUGAACUUUUAAGGAAAAGUAAUGAAGCUCACAGUGAAGGAAAGCUAACUCCAAGAAGAAGAGCUCAGAGUGCGUCACUUGAAAAUAUUUCCAAUUAUGAUGGACACUUGAGUCACCAUUUUAGGCCACACUCUAGUCAAGGYUAUCAUAGAGCCUCCACACCUUUGGAUCACUCUAUUCCUGAACCAUCAUCAUCUAUGCCUCGAGACAUAACCUCAGCUUAUCAGAAAUCUUCUAAAGAUCAACCAAGACAAGAAGUAAAUGCUUCCAGAGGGAUUCCUUAUAAUUCACCUAGAGCCCUGCCAAGGCCUCUUGUCUCACACAACAGAUGGAGAAAUGUUCAAAAUAGGAACACAAUAAGGCAGUCAUCUUAUGAUUAUGAUAAUGAUGCAAGAGACAGACAAAAACCAAUUGCUAAAGACGAAACAAAUGAUGAUUUACAAACAGAGACACGGGAUGUUGCUGAAUCAUUAGGUGGUACACAAAAUGAUAUGGUGGAGGACACUCAGUACAGGGGUGAUAGCAGAAUGAGCACAAGGUUACACUCUCAUGCUCUAGACAGUAGUUAUGGCUCACAUACAAGUAUGUCAAGUGCAUAUGCAAGAAGAAAGAAAGAAAUCCAAACCAAAAUGUGGGAACAGGAACAAAACUACAUGCAGUUUAUUUCUGAUGUUACUUCRGAUGUUCUAGCAAGAGGAAUAUUUAGCAAUAGGGUUCUGAACAAGGUAUUUGAAAGCCAUAUUGACAAAAGGAAAGAUGACUUGGAUGAGAGUCGAAUGAGAGAAAUGAUAGACCAACUCAAGCUUGACCUGGACAUUACAUAACAGUGUGGUUACUGAAUGCAGUUAACAAGUCUGUCAUGCUGGYGGUGUCAUGGCAUAGCUAGAGAAUAAUAAAAAAUAAAUUCAUAUUGAUGCAAUUUUAUGUCRAAAAUAAUUCUGAAGAAAAAUAUGAGCAGUCAAAAAUCAAUAAAAAAACUGCCAAUCUUA